CGCGUCCGUAUAUUAAUUGAGAUGCCUGCAGGUCGGAGAGGAGGACGGCUCGUCUCCCGGCUGCACAUCACAGCCUGUACCUCACUUCUGAGCGCUUUUUUUUACCGGAUCGCAGAAGGUUUUUCUCUGGUGCGCCAUCAUGAAUCCGCCCUGUGGAAGAUGCAAUAAGCCAGUUUACCCCACAGAGAAAAUAAAUUGCCUUGAUAAGUAUUGGCACAAAGGUUGCUUCAGCUGCGAGGUGUGCAAGAUGGCGCUGAGCAUGACGACCUACAAAGGCUUUGAGAAGAAACCUUACUGCAGUAUGCAUUACCCCAAAACCUCCUUCACCAUAGUGACCGACACCCCCGAGAAUCUGCGUCUCAAACAACAGAGCAUGCUGAACAGCCAGGCGCUCUAUAAGGAGGAGUUUGAAAAGAACAAGGGGAAAGGUUUCAGCGUGGUGGCCGACACUCCGGAGAUGCAGAGAGUGAAGAAGACGCAAGACCAGAUCAGUCACGCUCUUUACAAGGAGGAGUUUGAGAAGAACAAGGGGAAAGGUUUCAGCGUGGUGGCCGACACUCCGGAGAUGCAGAGAGUGAAGAAGACGCAAGACCAGAUCAGUAAUAUAAAGUACCAUGAAGAGUUUGAGAAGAGCAGGAUCCGAAGUGACGCACCGCCUCCUGAAAAUAGACAAUAUGAGGACGAAGUACAACCAUCUAACCCGGGGCAGUUCAGUCAGCCGGUCAGGCAGAUGCGUCCUGCUCCUGUAGCGCCAUCUAGUGGAGGGAAACGUUACCAGGCCUUGUACAGCUACGCGGCAGCAGAGGCAGAUGAAGUUUCUCUGGUGGAAGGAGAUCUGAUCCUGGACGUGGAGACGAUCGACGAGGGGUGGAUGUUCGGAUGCAACCAGCGCACGGGCCAGCGAGGCCUGCUGCCCGCCAACUACGUCCGACCCGUGUGAACCCAGCUGCCGUGUCAGCACCAACAACAACAACAACAACAAGGCUUCUUUAAAUUUGACAAGAAAUUUGCUUCAUCUUUUUUUAAAAAACUUCUGACCGGUCCUGCUUCGCCUUUUUUUUUUUUUCCCCCUCCAUCAGAACUGUGGUACUUUUAUGAAUUCUUGAGAUUAUUCAGGGUGAACGAUGAUGGUAAAGAGAAAUUAAUCUGUAUGCAACAGCAACUCAAAAAAGAGGAAGUUAGAGAGGAAAUCAAAUAAACCUACAGUUUACUACAAUGAUCUAAAAUUUCGUCUCUCAGGUAACGUUUCCUUUUCAGCAGAAAUCGUGUAAAUUGUGAGUUUUCCUGCAGUUGAACCAAAUAAUUCAUAUCUACAUUCAUUAAACACCCAUUUAAACUCUUCUUCAAUGUGAGAUUGAGAAAGAAAAUCGUGCAUUUAUUUAACCGUGUAAGCAGAUUUGAUUAAAAAAGGUCAAAUAUUUUA